UACUGGAUGGUAUAAACGUUUUGGUGAUGUGAUGAUGAGGCUGUGAAGGGUUUCACACGUCAGGUAUCCGGCCUGUGGACAGGCUAGGCGGACAGGAAGAAUGCAGGCCCGCAUGUGUGUGAGGACUGUGAACCGUGGCGAGAGAGACGGGUGGGAUAUAAGCGCCAACCCUGUGCCCUGCUGCUGUAGCAGACACGUUCCCACUCCGAGGGCAUAUCGUGCCAGCAAGACGACCCGCUCGCCCUGUCAGUGCAGUGCAUGGAAGGGCAUGGGGACGGGGCGAACGCUAGAGCAGGCUGUUCGCCCGCUCUACCCCGUCUUACUACGGCUACUAGUCAUCGCCGUCCUGGUCCACAGAGCACAUUCGGACUCGGCGUGCAGAGUGACCAAGUGUAACUCGGAGUUCGUGGCUAGUACGGCGCCGUUAAACCCGGCGAUCUUUCGGGACCUGGUGUUGUACUGCCGGGCACUACGGCAGGCGACCGACUGCGCCCGGCGUACGGCCAGAAACUGCCGGGGAGACCUGCACUACCACUCCACCAUACGGGGCUUCCAGGCCCAGAUGCAGUCCCACAACUGCACCCAUGUACCCACGGACGCACCCGUAGAGGAGUUCCCACCAGUUCGCCCGGGAAGCCCCCACGAGGAACAUUUGCCGCCGAUGUGCGCGUACCGGGGCGGCUCCAACACUGUCUACCGCCACUGCGGCCUUUUCGGGGACCCCCACUUACGGACGUUCUACGACGACUUUCAGACGUGUAAAGUAGACAGGGCCUGGCCCCUCAUAGACAACGCUUACCUAGCAGUGCAAGUUACCAACGUGCCGGUAGCUGUAGCAGCAUCGCACGGAUUCACCGCAACAGCGACUACCAAGUUGACGGUGAUUGUGAAGGGAGAAGUGGCUGAGUGUGCGCGGGAGAAGGUUUACCAGGCGCAGCAGAACAAUCUUCCCGAUGCGUUCGCCGACGGGACGCGCAGCGGCGGGCCAAACGGGAUCCGCAGCCUGGUGCUGGACGUGCGGGUCCCGGGUCGUCACGUGGAGAUCCAUGUGCGCUACAUCGACACCACGAUCGUGCUUCGCCAGAUCGGGAACUACCUGACGUUCGCUAUCCGAAUGCCGGAGGACGUGAUUAACACGGGGAACUUCGACGAGGACGGGUUGCAACUGUGCGUGAAAGGAUGCCCGCUGAGCGAGAGAAUAGACUACGUGGAAUUCCUCAGAAACCCUCCGCAGUCCUCCUCGAACACGGUCUUACACCGUAGCGAGAUUGCCAUGCCGAAAGACAUGGCGAUUCAGAAGUGCAGGCAGAGCAAUGUGACAGACUUCUACCUGGAUUCCUGUGUGUUCGAUCUGAUGACCACGGGAGACGCCAACUUCACAUUAGCAGCUAAGAGUGCGCUGGAGGACGUGUACAGAUUGCACCCCAACCCGGGGAGAACUCACCGAAACAGAACGAUCGAGUCUACCAUCUCGGGGUCGCAAACGCCCGUGAACAGCGCCCCGUCCAGAACUCUUCCCAGGCGGACUCUCUCCCUGUACAUGCUACUCAUCUCCUGUAUAAUUUUAUUAACUAAUUGGUCUUAUUUUGUAACAUAACUAAUAUAAUAAUCUAAUAUAUAUUUCAAUUAUAAAAAAGACUUUAUAUACAACGCUCACAGCACACAACAGAUGUACAUAUGUUGAGAAGAAUAUGUUGUGCUGUGCUUUUUCUACUAUUAAUAAUUAUGGUAGUAGCAUUAGUAUCGAUGGCACUUCUUAUACCUGUACAAAACUUCCCCGAGCCAAAAUUGAGCGAGGAACAUAACUUAUAAACGCUUCAGGAAACAUCACGACUCUGUGUCGCCACAGAACUCAAGCUCUACCUCUCCUCCCCUUCUCCUGACCACCGGAACACAUUAACAACAUUAGAUUUAAGAUGCAAAGAAUACUAUUGGUUAGUCGUAAGCUAAACAAGGCGUACUUCCCUAGUAUUAAAGCAAGGUGCCUAAUUAAAAAGUAUACAAACAAAGGAGGGCCAGAUUUAACUCAGAGGCAAACCAAGAAGUAUAUGUUUGUGGAGAGUGGGCUUGUGUCUAUUAAUUGUGACCAGUACAUGGAAAGAAGAAAGAAUUCCGUAGUAAGGC